CCGGCACACAACGGGCCCAUCCGCUAAGCCAAAGGAAAAAAAAUAAAAAUCUCAGCCGUUGAAAUAAUCAACGGCUCCUGAUCCUUCGUCUUCCUCCCCAAAUACCCAAAACCCUUCCCCUGUUUUUUUUUAUUAACCAGAAAAAAACCCAAUAAUUUUACAACUGUCCAGAGAGAGCGAUGAACGAGAUCAGCGAGAGAGAACCCAUGAUCUUCAAGAGAAACUCGGGAGAGACGGAGUUCGAAGGAUCUAACAUCAAGAGGAUAAGACUCGACGACGAUGAUGAUGAUGAUUUAGCAGAUUCCGAGGUUCUACGCUCACUGGAGAGAACCGUUUCUUCUUCUUCCCUCGCUUACUCAGCUUCAGAUUCCGGAGGUUUCUCCGUCGCUUCAUCUGAAGAAUACCAUCACCGGAGCUCAAGCGUCAGCUCCGGCUGUUCUAGCAGUGAAACUAACGAAAUCUCUACAGAUACUCGUCUGCCAUUUUUAGAUCUAGAGGCUCAACAAAUCUCCGAAACCGAAAUCUCAACGUUAAUCACCAACAAUUUCAGAGAACAAGGAAGUCCAUUAAGCGAGAAUCUGGGUGAAACAGCUGAAAUGGACUCGGCGACGACGGAGAAAAGAGAUCAGCGAAAACCAGAGAAGACGGAAAAGUCUCCGACGCAGGCUGAGCUCGACGACUUUUUCUCGGCGGCGGAGAGAUUCGAACAAAAACGAUUCACAGAGAAGUACAACUACGAUAUCGUCAACGAUACGCCGCUCGAAGGUCGGUACCAGUGGGUUACUCUGAAGCCAUAAAAGACAGAGGAGGAAGAAGAAGAAGAAAAAAGAGAAGAGACAAUGCUAAAGUUACACGUCGUUUAGUACUGUGAGUUUGUCACAGACAGGAUCAUAGGAGUUUUUAUUCCACUGUACAGUCCUCUAAUUUUAGUUGCUUAGCUAUCGAAUCGAUCUUAGCUUCUUUUUUCUUGUGUUCUUUCGUACCAAAGAGUAAAAAGGACGCAGCUUUUUUUGUUCUCGUGAUGGAAAAUUUUCAAGAACUAAAAAGUUUUUUUGUUUUUAUCCUGAAUUUAAUUUUUCCGUCCAAGUUGUUAAAUUUUUCAAUGUGGGGUUACAAGAUG